GUGCACAUUGCUCUCUCUUAUUGUUGAGGCAGAAAAAAUGAAAUAAUUCAAAAAACAGUAAAGAAAUUGUCUAUAUUAAAUAUUUCACGGCAUCAUAUGUGAUAUAGUCAUACAAAAUUUGAGUUUGUCAAUCCUGUUUCUAAUUGAUAAAUAAUAAACAUGGUCUUCAGUAAACUUAGAUUAACUGCCAAAGUUUAUUCAACUUGGGUUAAAAAUUAUGCGAUUAUUCGAAGUUAUAGCAAAAACAAAUUUCGACCAUUCAUUACCCCAAAAGAUCAACGUGUUUAUUUGUUAGAAUUGCAAAAACAGCGAACACGUAUGAAAGCACAAACUCCUAGAUCUAUACCAUCAAAAAUAUACCUCAAAAUAAUUGGUAAUGGAAGUCAUGCAGAGAAUAAAGCAGUUUUACUUGUCACGGAUAAUACGCAUUACCUUUUCAAUUGUGGAGAAGGUACGCAACGAUUAUUCAAUGAACAUAUAAAUAGAUUGACUCAGAUAAAUCAUAUAUUUAUAACCAGACCUUCAUGGAAAAACUUUGGUGGUUUACCUGGAGUCACUCUUACUAUUCAAAAUACAGGAGUCUCAACAAUUCAACUACAUGGCCCUAAGGGUUUGAUUGACAUUAUUGAAGCAACCAAAAAUUUUGUAACUUUGGAUGAAAUGAAAGUUGUUCCUGCUGACACUGAUCAUAUAUUUAGAGAUCAUGUUAUGGCUGUCACAUAUGUUGAAAUGAAAAAUCCAAAAGUAGUUAGUGAAAUUCACAAUGAAAAUAAUUCUUAUUAUGUAGAUAACAGUGUACAUACAGAUAUUAAUUAUUAUGACUAUAACAAAACCAGUAUAAAAAAUCGUACUCCAAAUCAUCUUACAGCAACUCCUCCUAGAUUAAUAAUGACUGAUAAAAAAAGAAUAGAUAGUAUCAUGACUUAUAUCUGUAAAAUACAUCCAAAGCCUGGAAUGCUAAACUUAGAAAAAUGUGUAGAUGCAGGCAUUAAACCAGGUCCAGAUAUAUCAAAACUCAGAAACGGUGAAGAUGUUAUUCUACCAAAUAAUAUCAUUGUUAAAAGUAAAGAUGUUUUUUCAUCUGAUCAUCCUGGCUCUACUUUCAUUGUCGCUGAAUGUCCAAAUGAAGAUUAUCUUGACAUUUUUGUUCAGAAUCCUUCUUUUAUAAAAUAUCAACAAAACAAUAAUCCAAAACAAGAAGAUAGAGUCAAUCAUAUUAUUCAUUUCACACCUGAUAAUAUAUUAUACAAUCCAAAAUAUCAAGAAUGGAUGCGUAAAUUUGGUUUGGAUACUGAACAUAUAAUAGUUAAUGAAAGUAAUCAAGAUUGUGCUAGUGAAGGUAUGCACAAAAUGCAACAUCAGCUUCAUUUAGUUCAUCCUACUAUAUUUCCAUUUUUUGAAAAUCAACAGUCAUUUUCUCAACAAAAUUCUGAUAAUCUAAAUAAAAAAGAAAGUAUUGCCAACAACACUAAAAUAGAAGACGAUGAAAAUAAUUUAAAGCAGGUUCCAGAUGAUCUUAUAAUAAGAAAUGUGAAAACUCUCAAUUCUAUACACUUACGACCACUCACAGGCUUUGAACCAACUCAUGUUUGGCUGAAUCCUAAAAAAUAUGUGAAACGGGCAUUCGACACUGAUGGUUUUCUAGAUGCUCUUGCCGAAGCUCAAACAGAAGUUAACGCUGCAACAAAAUUUUUAGAUAAUAGCGAAUAUCCAAAGCUAUUGAUGUUAGGAACUGGCUCUUCAGUACCAAACAAAAUAAGGAAUACAAGUGGAAUGUUAUUGCAACUAGACGAAGAUCGCAGUAUUAUUUUAGAUUGUGGAGAGGGAACAUCAGGACAAAUAAUUCGAUUUUUUGGAGUCAAAGGUUCUGAACGUAUAUUUAAAUCUAUAAAGGCCAUUUACAUCUCUCAUUUGCAUGCUGAUCAUCAUUUAGGACUAAUUGGAAUCUUAAAACACAGAGAAAGAUUUACAAAUGAGCAUUUAUUUGUACUAGCACCUCAACAAAUAGCUUCAUAUUUAAACUUUUAUCAUAAUCGUUUUGAAUCUAUUACUAAUCUAAUAAGAUUAGUUUCUAACAGAGAUAUUUUACAAAAUAAAACAAUUUUGUCUCCCAUUACAUCAAAGGAUAUGUAUAAUGCCCUAGGAAUUGAAAAUAUUAGUACCUGUUUUGUAACACACUGUCCUUUUGCUUAUGGUGUUACAAUAACUUUGAAAAAUGGCCAAAAAAUAGCUUACAGUGGUGAUACAAUUCCAUGUAAUAGAUUUGUUGAAUUGGCUAAACACAGCGAUUUACUAAUUCACGAAGCAACUAUGGAAGAUGGUUUGGAGCACCAAGCCGUGAUAAAACGGCAUUCAACUAUCUCUCAAGCAAUUAACAUUGGUAUUAGAGCUGAAGCUAAAUUCACGUUACUAACACAUUUUUCACAGCGUUACAGUAAAUUACCAAUGCUUCCGGACAAAGAUCAAUCUAAUGUUGAUUUUAGUCGCAUUGGUGUCGCUUUCGAUUUCAUGCAUGUGAGUUUGUCACAACUCAAAUUAUUGCCAAUUAUUUACCCAUGCAUUGAAGUUUUGUUUCAAGCUUUUAAACAAAAACUAAAUGAUAAGGCAUCAAAACGAGAAUGGUUAAAAGAACAGACGGUCAAAGCCAGUGCCUCUAGAAAUAAUUGAAUAUUUUUUAUACUUAAAAAAAGUAAGCAGGCAAAUUUUACAUCGUUGGUUACUGCUAAGAUGUUAUUGUUGAAUAUUGUACGAGAGAUGGUAUAUUUUCAUUCAAUCCUAUUUAAGGUUGAUUGUUAUGAUCCAUGCGGUUGUUUGUAAAAAUGUACAUAACUUUGUUAUUCUUCUG